AUGGAGAAACUCUGCCAUAUAAUCCCAUCUGUUCCAUCUUUAAUAGCAAGACAGAUAUUAAGGGAUACCCUUGCAGCGUCUACACCAGUGUCAUGGUCCUGUAAACGAUAUAUUCAUUUUACCUCUUCAAGUUUGAACCAAAAAAAUGAACCCAAACCUGCGUCUGACAUGUUUACCAACCCGGUAGAUAGUCUUCAGCCAAUGGUACAGGUCCCAAUUAUACCAGAAUCAGAAGCAGCUUUCAAACCAACGCGGCAAGAAAUUGAAGAAGCCUCACGACUAUUUGAGCCUCAAAACCACAAAGGUGAAAAAUUUCAGUUUUUGGGAUCGUGGCCUAAUCCUCAUAUUAUGCCAAAAUGGAAUGUUCCAGAGAUUGCAUUCAUUGGCAAAAGCAAUGUUGGCAAGUCUUCUCUUCUGGCAGCCAUGUUUGCCCAGAUUCCUGAAUUGAAAGUGCGAGUAUCUAAAAAGCCUGGUCACACAAAACUGAUGAAUGUGUUCAAUGUAAAUGACUUGUUUCACCUGGUGGAUAUGCCAGGGUAUGGAUUCAACAUGCCUGACCACUUUGAGACCAGUGUGGAGGCUUACCUGAAGUCACGGCGCAGCAUAAUGACUUUUAUUCUUUUUGAUGGGUCUGUCGGAAUGACAAAGAAUGAUCAGAAGUAUUUCAAAAGAUAUUCAGACCUGAAUCUUCCACUAUGUAUGGUUCUCACAAAAAUUGAUUUGGCUAAAAGCUCAUCGCUGAUUCGGAGCAUUAUGUCAGUUCUCAAAUUCCGUGAAGAGACAAAGGCAAACUCAUGCUUCCCACAGCCAUUUCUUGUCAGCUCUGUAAGUGGCGAGGGAUUAGCAUUCCUUCAGACGUUUAUUGCCUACUUGACUGGCCAACAGAAGAUUUCAUCCCUCAGUUAA